AUGUAUUUACAUUCACCAAUUACUACAAUUACUUCAACUGAUAGUAGUAGUACGUCUACCAUCACUACAAACACAAAUACCACUAGUAGUUUGACAGUGACAUCUAAUCCUAUUGACCCAUCGAAAUUGGAUAUAAUGAACACAAUGAGUAAUCCAGCAUGUUGUAUACCGUCAAAUAACAUUAUUCAACCACCUCCGAUUAUACCUAAUCAUGGAUUAACUAGUCUGCUUUCAAAUGUAGCCUCAAAUUUAUCUGCACAUCAAAAUCAUCAGAACAACUUUUUAAAACCAUCUCUAGUUCCUACUGGACGAACAUCAAAUGCUCAACUGCUACAAUUGUUAAGAAAUGUUACCUCUUCUUUACCAUCACCUACUGUUUCACACCCAAUAUCUCCAAGGAAUACAAGAAAUACACCUGUAUUAUGUGACAAUAAUCAUACCUUGUCUGAUUCCACAUCUCAAGUACCUACAAUAUCAACAGCGUCGUCGAUUACAAUUCCAGCUACGGAUUAUUUAUCUUGUAAUAAUGAUCAAACACUUACUUUGAAUUCACAGUCCAAUAGGACGUCUUUAAAUCUUUCAACUGUGAAUGGUCCCAGUCUACUACCGGAUUUUGAGACGUUACUAGCCAAUUCAAAUCCGAAUAUGAGUGAUUUUAUUUAUUGUUUAGUUCAAUCAAUUCUAUUCAGUCAUGCAAAUACUAGACAAAAAGUUAAAUCCAAGAAAGAAACACCUCCAUUGGAUUCAGCUGCCUUACUGUCUCUUCUUUCUGGGACAGGAAAUUUAAACCCUUCUAGUUGUUCCACUAGUCCAAUCACAAAUCCUUUAAAUCCUCUUAGCACUUUAUCUUCUGAAAUAGAUGGUGCCAAUUGCAAUAUUCAUUUACGUCAAGUCUUGGAGUCGUUAAUCAGUCUAUCAGUUUCUCCUGCAUUUGAUCAGUCUUCUGCCCAUAGUUUAUUGUCUAACGAUAUGCUUGACAGUGGAUCAUUAAACCAAACCUUUCAACAGUUAACUAAUUUGUCUAAUCGUAAAGCAACAACCGGAAUCCAGAAAGUGUCACCUUCUGGUCAAAUUUUAUCCAAUGAAAGUAGUAACAGUACAAAUCCUCCAGGCAAUGUUUCAUUUGAUCUUCUUGCACAACUGUCUGCUGCUGCUGCGGCUGCUGCCGUAACUCCUCCGCCUUCCAAUAUUGUGAACCAGCUUGGAAAUUUGGCUACUGAUGGAUUCAAUCCGAUCUUCCCAACUGAUGAAAAUUUAUCAUCCGCUUUGCAGAGUCUUUUGUUUAAACAAAUGUUGAAUAUUAAUACAGGAUCAAAUGCUUAUACAUCUCACCUUGGACCGGGAAGGAAUUCCAUAUCUAAUAUUUCUCAAUCUGGACAAUAUACUGGUCUAAGGGAUUGUCGGUCGAUGAGCAACGAUGAAUCUAAUUGUAGUUCAGAAAAGUUGAUCCCACCAACCUAUUCACUAGCUUCAAGUUUUUUAUCUCUUCACUCUCCAAAUAGCACUAAUAACUGUAGUAAUAACAAUAAUCCUCGUAAUUCGUUUGUCCGACCAUCUUCAAGGAUAUCACCUGAACCUAUUACAUUGGCUUCUAGCCCGCCCUCUUCAUCAUCUACACCAUCUUUCAUUUGUCCCAAUCAGUCUAAUCCUCCUACUGGAGAGUUUUAUCCUCUAAAUGAAACUGUGGCAUCGUCACCUAAUUCUCUACUUUUAAAUGGCUGUACUCCUGUUGGUACAUCACCUAACACUGGUUUGAAUAUGAAUCAAACAGCUGUAAAUUUAUCGAGUGACAACCAAUCAUGGGAACCAUGCAAAGUUUGUGGCGAUAAAGCUUCAGGACGACAUUACGGCGUUGUAUCAUGUGAAGGAUGUAAAGGAUUUUUCAAACGUUCUAUUCGAGGACACGUUAGCUACGUAUGUCGCAGUGAACAAAAUUGUCUUGUAAAUAAAGCCUAUCGUAAUCGUUGCCAAUAUUGUCGGCUACAAAAAUGUUUAGCUGUUGGCAUGCGUUCAGAAGCUGUGCAAAAUGAACGUAGACCUACCAAUACAUUUGCUUUGAAUUUUUUAAACGAUAAUUCAGGUAAUUCAAAUUGUACAACUACUGGUGGCAGUAGUAAUAUGAAUAAUGGCGGUUCACCUAAUCCUAGUAUAUCUACUGCAUCUAUUACUUCUACGACGACGACAACAACAACAGUAACAACAACAACCACUACUUCUGCUAAUAAUGGUAAUAAUAAUAGUCAUACUUCAACAUUUGGACCAUCAGUUCCAAACGUUCGUAAUAGUUCACCACAGUCUCAACAAAUACCAUGUAAAAUUGAACCGAACUCAGAAGAAUUGGAAGAUGAAGACCGUAAUAAUCAUUCGGAAUUUACAACACAGAAAUCUGACGAGGGCCGAUUGUCAUCUCAUAGUUCUCCAUCCGGUUCUUCCCGGUCAGUGCCAUUAACGUCGUCAGGGGCGACAACAGUGGGACUGUUAUCAUCAUCGGGGUUAACAUCAGGAGUCAUUGGAUCAAAGCAUUUAGAUGAUAAUCACUUCACAGGAAUCAGUAAAAACUCUGCUUUAAGUGAUAUUUCGUCUUCAUCAUCGUCAUCUUCCUAUUCAGCUACAGUAGCCGAUGUUGAAACCAAUGAUCCCAAUAAUGCAUCCUACUUACAACACGAUAUUAAGCCUCCUGUAAUACAAACUUCAUUAGGAUUAAAAUUUACACCAGGUUUGUGUAGCUCACCCCAAGCUACAUCACAUUCCCUUCAGCAACCUCCUGCUGUUUGUUUAUCCACUUCAGCGUCAUCUUUCGCUCGUCAACGUUCAUUAACUUCAGUGAGUAGUAGUAGUAGUGUUAAUAACAAUAGUACAGCUUAUGCUAGUGCAUUACCCUCAUACAGUAAUGUGGUAGAGGGUUGUCAUACAACUAGUCAUCUGGAUCCAGACUGUGGAAUCGCCAAUUUCAGCCGUUGUAUGAAUCGAAACACUCUUCUUAGUUCACAGCUUUUCGAUAUACCUGACAAUAAGAGAGGUGCAACACAAGAAUCUUAUUCUCGGAGAACGACUUCUUUCUCAAACACACCAAGUUCGUCUUCAACAUCUGUGUCAAAUCAUCAGGAUCCUUUGCCACUUUUUGAUGAUACGGGUGGAUUAAAUUUGAAUGAAUUAACUAAGUUAGCUUUGAAUAAUAUAAAUUCCUUGCAAUCAUCGUCAUCAUCAAAUCAACAAGGACGUAGUUUAGCCGCGUUAUACACUUACUGGUUAGCUGCCUCAGCAGCAGCUGGAUCUUUAAAUCCUUUACAUCAUCGGCACAAUGAAAAUCAUAAUCAUCACCACCAACAACAGAAUCACUCGGUGCAUUUGUCCACUUCAAAUCAAAAUUUCAAUCCACUUGAUAUGAAAACUUCACUAUCAUCAUUGAAAACAGCACAAUCUUCAACUGUGACCACUACAUCAGCAAUAAUUGGCUCAAAUCAAAAUUCUACAUCACAAUUUAGUAUGAAAACGAAUCCAAAUAGUUUAUUUGGACAACAUUGUAAUUUAGAAAAUCAGCUACUUAUUAAUGGUUUAAAUCAUUCGUCUAAAUCAUCAUUAUUAUCUAGUGCAAGCAAUCAUUCAGAUGCUUUAAAUGUGUUGAUGUCGAUUAUGUUAAAUUCAUCGGAUCAUGUUGGACUGAAUAAUUUCAAUGCUUUGACGGAUGCAGUUAAUUCAACCACAGCACAUUUACAAAAAGCACCAAUCAAUCAUCAUUCUCACCAGCAACAUCCCUUUAUGCUUCAACAUCAUUCUCAUCAGCAUCAAUUACAGAUGGGUUCUUCAAAUUCUCACCACUCAUCCACUUCACCGAAUACACUUGAAAUACCUAUUCCUUCCAGUUCAUCUUCAUGCUUAUCAGCUUCGCUAUUUGGUCUCAAUAACACCAUAUCAACUAUGAAUAAUAAUAAUAAUACCAAUACUAUUGGUAAUGAUAAUAAUGUUACGAUGCAUUCUGCUGCUAACAAUAAUUCGCCAUUCAUACCAGCACCUCCACCAAUCAAGUCAACAAAUUUAAUACAACUAUUGUGCAAACGUACUUCAAAUAGUCAGACAAGUACUUUAGCGGAUACUGACGAUAAAUCUAAGAGUGGUUCUUGCAGUAGUAUGGUUGCUACUACUACUAAUGUUAGAGGAAGACGAAGUAGUAAUAGUAGCACUGCUAACAAUAUGGAAGAGAAUACACACGAGUCUGGUGAACUAAUCAAUAGUUAUCGAGAUGUAAACGGUCAUUUACUACCGAAAAAGUUUGAGCUUACUUCAUCAUCAGAUGUAACAGCAUUACGAUCAGAAAAUGAAUUAUUAAAUCCAUCUCCGAAGAAAGAGGAAACCAAUUGGUCAAGAAGUCGUAAACGUAAAAUGCAUUACUCGUUUCCUUCCGAUGUUAAUAAUAAUAAUAAUGCCAGAUCAAUCCGUCGACGAACACAAAGUAGUAAUUCAUUGCAACCUGACACAAAUAAUCCUAUUGGAUUAACUGAUACACGAGAAACAUGUGAAGAUGAUGAUGAAAGUCGACUAAUGGAAUGUGUUUCUGAAUGUACUAAAUCUUCAGAUGAUUCUAGACCUAAUAGUCCUUUGGUUGGGCCAGUUUUAUUGAAUUCAAUGUUUGAUUUAAAUGCACAUGUUUUCAAAACGUAUCAAGAUAAUAAUAAUAAUAAUCGAUCUCUUAGUAUAUCAAGUGAACUAGCUUCACGAGUUCUAUUUCUUACUGUGGAUUGGUUACGUCGUUUCGAUGGCUUGAAGCGUCUACCAAUUGGAGUUCAACGUGAUUUAGUGGCUAUUUCCUGGUCUGACCUUUUUGUGCUUGGAUUAUGUCAAGCAGCUGACCAAAUUAAUCGUUCUCAGAAUCAUAGGCCAAAUCAAGAAUCAAACGACUCGCAACCAACAAAUAGCUUAUGUGCACAAAACGACAUUAAUUCUACAAGAGUUAAACAAAUCUCAGGAGAACAACAAACAAAUUCUCCAUGCAGUAUUGCACCAACUAAUUCAUUUAAAUCCAAUAAUUUUGAUUCAUCAUCAUCUUCACAUAUUUCAUCUAUCAAAGAACCAAUGGAUACUUCGUACUUAAAGACAAAUUCAUCAUCUUCGGCUGUGAUAGAACUAGUGGAACAGCUGAUGAAACAAUUCUCAGGAGCUGAAGUUGACACACAUGAAUAUACUUACCUUAGAUGUAUGGUUAUACUUAGCUCCGGUCGUUUAUGCAUCAAUGCAAGAGAUGCCAGUUUAGCUAAACAAAUUACUGAAAUGGAAUCACGUGUAUUAAGCGAAUUUUCUGAAUUCUUGUCUACACGUGCAGCAUCCUCUACAACUACUGGUACUGGUUCUCUUUCAUCGAAAAGAACAAAACCUAUUAUUAAAAGAGUUCUUAUAUUGACACAAUUAUUAUCUACACUGCGCUACUUAGAUCCAAAAGAUUUAGAAGAAGCAUUUUUCUCAAAUUUACUUGGUUCUGUAUCGAUUGCUCAGAUCCUCCCAUACUUACUGGAAUCAAAUGACCUAUUUACUCAAAGUCAAUUAGUAAUGAAUUCAUGCCUGCCGGAUAAUUCUCUGGAUUAUAAGCCCGGUUUAAAUCAUGUCAAACCUCCUAACAAACAAGCUUUGAGGUCUGGUUUGGAAGAUAGUGUGACAAAUUUUACCGGGGAUUCUCUCCCUAACAACAUGACGGAGAAAACUGAUAAUCCUUCCUCUUCGUUGUUUAUCCGCCCCGACCAGACGUCUCCACAGAGCAGAUCAGCUUCUUGUGAGAUCACAGUCACGAACAUUGAACUAAACAAUCAAAACACAGAACCAGUAAAUAGUAUAUCAUUUGCGAACGACGAAACUAAUGACUUAGCCUAGGAAUCAAUGUUAGGAUACAUAAUAUUUAAUCAUAGAUGAAAUAGUUUCCCUCCUAUAACGUCUUUCUUAUCAAACCGCAUCAAAUUUGAAAGGACUGAGAAGAUAAAGCGCCUUCUUGCUUUCAGCGCCAUUCCGUUCAAAAGAUUACUGCUUAUUAAGUUCUAUGCUGAAAACAAAUAUUUGAAGUGGUUUUACAUGACAUAAAAAUAGAUAAUUAUAAUACUUAACAAAAUAUGCACUAGCG